GUACAGCACACAGAGCGUGGUGGAGGAAUCCUCGCUGGCAGCCCUCCCUCUGAAUAGGCAGGCACCCACUGCGUCAGUAACCUGAUUACCCUAGCUGUCAGUCUUAAUAAGGCCAGGCCUCAGAUCCCCACCACGGGACGGGACAAACUUGGUCCUCCGAUAGGGAGUCAGAGGACAGACUUGGUCCUCUGAUAGGGAGUCAGAGGACAGAUGAGGAACAGGACGGCAGCUCUUCUCUGAACACAGACAGACAAAGACAAAGUGUGCAGAAUUCAACAGGAAGCUCUGUACAGACUGAGACUGCUGGAUCCUCCAGUGUUUUACAGCCCUCUCUGCACUGACUAUUGGUAUAAGAAGAGAGACUGCUGCCUGAGGCCUGGGUACAGGGAGGCUAAGAUCCUAACACUGCCACACAAGCAGCUCCACAGUAAUGUCAGCCUCCCUCCUGGACGCUGAUCCCAUCUAUGCCACGGUGGUCCAAACUGCCAAGGCUGAGGCCAGGGAGUCGACAGGGGCUGUGGCUGUCCCUCCAGUCAGGCUGAAGCCUCCGGGGGACCUGAAUUUGACCCGGAGCCUCUCCAAGUCGGACUCAGACCUGUUGGUGUCUCCCCUGGGUGAGGAGGAUGGGGGUCUGAACAGCUGCUGUGAUUCUGUGGCUAACUGCAGUUCUGGGAACAAACAGAUGGAGAGAUCGCCCUCCUUCGCCUCCGAGUGGGAUGAGAUUGAGAAGCUCAUGAACCUGAUUGGAGCAGGCAUCGAGUCAUCCAAUGACCAGCAGCGCACCACAGAUGGGGCCUGCAGCAAAGCCCUGGACCAGCCUGUGGGAGAGUGGCUGGAGCAUGUGGGGCUGCCGCAGUACGAGAGCAAGCUGCUGCUUAAUGGCUUUGACGACCUACGCUACAUGGGCAGUAACGUGAUGGAGGACUUGGACCUUAGAGAUAUGGGAAUCACUGACCCUGGACACAGAAAGAAGAUCCUCCACGCAGCACGCAGCUUGCCCAAGGUGAAGGCCCUGGGCUGUGAUGGCAGCACCUCUCUCUCCACCUGGUUGGAUGUGCUAGGUCUGCAGGAGUACCUGCCUAACUUCCUGUCUAGCGGCUACCGUACCUUGGACUGUGUGAAGAACCUAUGGGAAUUGGAGAUUGUCAACGUGUUGAAAAUCGGCGUUCUGGGCCACAGGAAGAGGAUCAUAGCGUCUCUGGCAGAGCGGCCCUAUGAGGAGGCCCCGACCAAAUCACAGAUCUCUCACCGUCUCUCACAGAUCAGGUUUCAGGACUUGUUGUCCCAGACAGGGACCUCUGCUCUGAGUCAGAUGGACCCGUCCACCAGUCGCUCCAUGGACAUGCUCCUGCCCCUGGGAGAGGCAGGCAGGAGGAGGAGAGCCAUGGACCAGGACUGCAGUGUGUCCCUGCGCUCCUACAGCGAGAGACCACGCUCUCAUGACAGACAGAGUGACAGACAUAGGGAACCCAGUUUGACCCUUCGGCCGCCUAGCCAGUCUGCCACAUACGCUACAGUGUCCGCUUGGCAUCACCAGCCUGAGAAACUCAUCUUAGAGUCCUGUGGGUAUGAGGCCAGUUAUUUAGGAUCAAUGAUUAUCAGGGAUCUACGGGGGAUUGAGUCAACUCAAGAAGCCUGUGCCAAAAUUAGGAAGUCGAAGGACCAUUCAAGAAAGGGUCCUGUUGUCAUCCUUUCCAUCACCUAUAAAGGAGUCAAGUUUAUCGACGCAGCCACUAAGACCAUAGUAGCCGAGCAUGAGAUCAGGAACAUCUCCUGUGCGGCCCAGGACCCUGAGGAACUCUGCACCUUCGCCUAUAUCACCAAGGACAAUAAAAGUGGCCACCACUUCUGCCAUGUCUUCAGCACUGUGGAAGUGACCCAGACCUAUGAGAUCAUCCUGACGCUGGGUCAGGCCUUUGAGGUGGCCUAUCAGCUGGCUCUCCAGACCAAAGCCAGGCAGUAUGUCCCAGUCCCCCCACCAUCUCUGGGGUCAGAGGUCAUUGAGACCAAAUCCAGCCGGCCCACAUCACAGCAAUGGAGCAGCAUGAGGAGAUCAACAGGUGCCCCUCCGCUAGAAUGCCGCUGCUGUUACUGUCACACGUGUACUACCCACCGCCCCUCCUUCCUCCCGUUGCACUCUGUUAGCCCUGGAGUCCAGAUUGACCCUCUGGAGAUGGACACAGACAUGCAGUCCCUGGGCAGCACCACCUGGCUCUUCACCCAAAGAGACUCCAACAAGCGCCCUGUCAGCACCAAGUACGAGACCACCAUAUUCUGAGACUGGAUCACCUGCCCCAUCCUCACCUCGCACUAGCACCCAGUUUGACCCCUGACCUCUACCGCCCUCUCUCUCUCUCACAAGCCCUGUGCCUUCUCACUGUGAUGGUAGCAUCCCUCAGGGCUGCCCCCUCUCCUUUGCCCUGCCCUACACAAACCUCACCCUGCUCUGACAUCACACAUCCCUGCAGCUCUCUCCAGCUCCUCCUGCAGCCACUGAUGGAGCCCCUUGACUUGUGGAUGGACCUGAACUGAACCUACAAUGGCCCUGCUCUCUCAACCGAUCUGCCUCCUCCUCCUCCCAACUACAUGCAUUUGCAUCCACCCCCUAUUAGGUUUAUCAUCAUUGAAGACAUUGUGGAUUUUUGUUCUCUUCCUGUCAUGCCAUUAUUUUCCAAGUGACUCCCUUCGGUCAAAACAAGCAUGACUUUUUUUCUGUUCAGCUAUCUGUUGCAUUUUUACCUGAUAGUAACAUGAUAAGCAUUGGCUGUACUGCCAAUGUGAACAAGAAAAGGGCAAACCUUCACAAGUACCUCUUUUUAUCUAACGCCAAAGGAGUACUAUUCUUGUGAUAUUAUCAACUUACCGUUUUGGUCCCAUAUAGAGUGGAACAAAGAACAAUAUCAUGUCCCAAACAACCUCCUCAGCCAUAAACAAUAGUUUACCCCCUUCCCAAAAGGAUUAACAAUUUUGUCUUUUUAAUACCAUGUUUAUUUUUGUAUUUCACUUGUUUUUCGCUAAAGGCAAGUUCAAUAUUUUUCUUUCCCUAUCUGUAGCUUGUCCUGUCUUGCCAGGCAUCUACCACUGUGAGGCGCUGUGAGGAGACACAUCACCUGGGAUGCAUGAAAGACAAAAAAUCUAUCAUACAUUGAUGGAUCAUCAAGGAAUCUUCCCUUUCCAUUCAAAAUGGAUCAAGAACUGAACCUCAAAUUCCUGUGUGCUCUUCUUGUACACAAAUGGGAGGACAACUUCGUCAUCAAUCUGCCAAGAUCAGUAGCCUUAAUUACUUCAAUCUGGCCAUCUAUCAGUUUAUCUAAAUGUAAUCAAUUGAGCAUCCCUUGCCACCAUCACACACUCUCCACACCUGCUAACUGCGUCUUCCAUGGUUAAAAAGACUAACAGUACUUUUGAGUUGACAACACAUGAACACUUUGGCAGAGCUGCAAUGAAGUUGUUGUAAUGGUACAGGUUUGUCCAGAUAAUACAGUCUAUAAUGCUCUGUAGCUUCACAGUGUGCAUGGUGCCUCACCAGUCAUUUUAUUACCAAGAGAGACAAUCAACAGAGACUGUUUGGCUCAUCAGAGAACACUGUGUUAAAACAUGGCACUAUCCCUUAAAAAAUGUAUUGUUUUAAAAUGGAUAUGGUUGGUUUCUUUAAUAAGAUAUGCUUUUAAGACCAGGGCUUCCUGGAAUAUAUUUAGUGAAAGAAACCAAGGGAAGCAAGACCACAAUAAUAUCGGCAUAGUAAAUAAUUUAAGUGCAAAUGUAUGAGAAAUUACCAAAACACCAUGGUCAUGAAGGUCACGUUUGGGUAUGUCCAAGGAAUUUGAGGGCAAUAAUUGAAUUUGCCAAUUCAUGGUGAAGGAUGCAAGAUAUUCCUAAUAACAUUGUUUUAAUUUUAGACAAUUUAUGAGGCAAGGCACAUUUGUGUUGCUGGACUCCUUAUGUUGCAUCUUAUCAAGAUUACGUGGAUUGUAAUCCAUGCCAUGGCACAUAGGUUCAGCAUGAGGUACAGUAUGUUUAAACAACUUAGUCACAAAAACAUUAGCGACAGUGCCAAAGAUUCAGGCUUACUCAUGGAACUUUACAUUUGAGGGAUCAAAAUGUAAUUAGAUAUGCUUUCAUUGUGCAAAUAGUUUUUGGUUGAAAAUAUCUGUGAAACUGCAUUCUUGUUUUUCCUUUCACAGGGAUUUAUACCGCAGAUCUAGUUAUCUACACUAUAUAUACAAAAUAUGUGGACACCCCUUAUAAUUAGUGGAUUCGGCUAUUUCAGCCACACCCGUUACUAACAGGUGUAAAAUUGAGCAUACAGCCACGCAAUCUCCAUAGACAAACAUGGGCAGUAGAAUGGCUUUACUAAAGAGGUCAGUGACUUUCAAUGUGGCACCAUCACACUGUAGGAUGCCACCUUUCCACCAAGUCAGUUCGUCAAAUUUCUGCCCUGCCAGAGCUUCCCCGGUCAACUGUAAGUGUUGUUAUUGUGAAGUGGAAACGUCUAGGAGAAACAACGGCUCAGCCGUGAGGUGGUAGGCCACACAAGCCCACAGAACAGGACCGCCGAGUGCUGAAACGCAUAAGAUGUAAAAAUCAUCUGUCCUCGGUUGCAACUCUCACUACCGACUUCCAAACUGCCUCUGGAAGCAACAUCAGCACAAUAACUGUUCGCCAGGAGCUUCACAAAAUGGGUUUCCAUGGCCGAGCAGCUGCACACAAGCCUAAGAUCACCAUGCAAUACCAAGCGUUGGCUGGAGUGGUGUAAAGUUUGUCGCCAUUGGACUCUGGAGCAGUGCAAACGCGUUCUCUGGAGGGAUGAAUCACGCUUCACCAUCUGGCAGUCCGACAAAUUAAUCUGGGUUUGGUGGAUGCUAGGAGAACGCUACCUGCCCGAAUGCAUAGUGCCAAUUGUCAAGUUUGGUGGAGGAGGAAUAAUGGUCUGGGGCUGUUUUUCAUAUUUCGAGCUACAAGUUCCUGUGAAGGGAAAUCUUAACGCUACAGCCUCCAAUGACAUUCUAGAAUAUUCUGUGCUUCCAACUUUGUGGCAACAGUUUGGGGACAGCCCCUUCCUGCUUCAGCAUGACAAUGCCCCCGUUCACAAAGCGAGGUCCAUACACAAAUGGUUUGUCGGUGCGGAACAACUUGACUGGCCUGCACAGAGUCCUGACCUCAACCCCAUCGAACACCUUUGUGGUGAAUUGGAACGGCGACUGCGAGCCAGGCCUAAUCGGCCAAAAUCCUUGCCCAACCUCAUUAAUGCUCUUGUGGCUGAAUGGUCUCCACAGCAAUGUUCUAACAUCUAGUGGAAAUCUUUCCCAGAAGAUGGGGCUGUUAUAGCAGCAACGAGGAAACCAAAUCCAUAUUAAUGCCCAUGAUUUUGGAAAGAGAUGUUCAACAAGGUGUCCACAUACUUCUGGUCAUGUAGUGUGUCUGUUGGCUCUAUCUGUUUGUGUUUUGCUCAACCUAUUCUGUGUGCUGUGUAGCCUUGUGUUUGUGUCCUCGUGGAAAGAUGGGUUGUUUUGUCUCUAGCUGCUGUCCUCAUUCUGUGUCUCCUGCUGCAGGAGAUGUUAUGUUUCGCCUCUCUCCAAACGACACCUGGUUAAUACAGGAUGGCUGACUGGAGAAUGACUGUUAAGACAUGCUAGUCUCUGUGCGGUACUGUAGCUGUGACUCAUCGUCAAUCUGUCCUGUUCUGACUGUUACAGUACUGAUGCAUGUGGCAGUAUGUGCGUUUGGUCUUCUGAUGGCCCAUUGAGGUGUCUGUAACAGCAGUGUCUGUUUUGUUUUAUCUUAUAAUUUGCUGUUUUGUUUUACUUUUUUCUUUGUUUCACAAAUAUAGCACCUCAUCUCAUUUACAUUGUCCAGCAUUGUCAUUUCUCUUGCACUAAGUAUGUUCCUCCCUGUUAUGUGUUGAAAUCAUGCAAAUACAUUCUACCUGUUUUGGUUUGGGUGCAUAUAAAAGCCUUAAGUUUUUAAAGAGCAGAGGCUAUUUCAAGCAGACACAAUUGUUGGGGUAUGAUUUGGCUGUGCAUGCUUCUGUUUUUUAACGUCAGUGUUUUCCUUGUGUAGCUCACUCCAGCGUUCAAGUUUCCGGACACCAAGCUAUGAGUUGAAGUGGAGCAGCCAAUGUGAGCGUCUGCGUGUGUGUAGACUAGAGCCAGAGAGACCAACAGGGAUACAUUCAGCGGGUCUAUGAGGGACUGUUUGAUAAGGUCUGCUGCCUUCUACCACAUCUCCUGAAUACCAAGUAACAGAGAAAUUAUAACCUUACACUAGCUGUCUGUCCACUGGGUGAGAAGGUCAGUCUGAAAGGUCAAAUAUCCUCCCUGGCCUCACACUGACUGUCUUUACCUCCACAUCUGACUUCCUGUAGGUACAGUAAUAUACAGAAUAUAGACAAUUAAUGAUGGGCCAUUAAUGACAAUUGUUAUUGAUUCAGGUAUAUUUGAGAUUAACAUGAUCAAGAGAUCAAGAAGAGAGAACAAGAGUACGUUAAUCAAAUUUAGAACUACCGUACCAGCAUAAUAAUGCUAUGCCCAUGUAUUUGUGGGCAAAGUAUAGUUUGUCAAUGAUAAUGUUUAAAAAUGUAAAGCAAUAUAUACCUGAAAUUAAAUAGUACAAUGGAACAUCUCAUUCUUAAGGUAUUUGAUUGUGUCUUAGGUCAUCUUACUUGCAUGGGAGUUUGAAGGAACUGCCAGACAAUAUAUUCUAUGAGAGCUAAUUGCAUCUCUUUGUCACUAAGACAAGCCCAGGGACUGGCAGAGGAGAUAGAUGUAUGCAUGCAAAAGUCAUACUCCCUCACUCGCAAAGUCAUUUGGAACAAAACAUGUGAUGGAAAUAAACUGAUGCAUUUUUGAAAAUACACUAUUUUUAUAUGGCUAACUGAUGUAGUAAGAGGAUGAAAUAUAUUAUUCAAUGGAGGGACAACUAUUUCAAAUUAGGAAGAAAAUGCAACUUACAAACUCUUUACCCUUGUAAAAGCAAGAAGCUUCUACACAUGUAGCUUCUACAGGCUGCAGUAUCUGUAUUUAGUGUGAGAUCUUAAUAUGGUAUUGUAGGUUUAAAUCACUUACCAGUAAGUACAUAGUAUAGAAAGGGAUGAACACCAGCAGAUGCUAUGAUCCUCAAAGACUGACAUACCACAGUAUGGAGUGAAUUUCAGAACGGUUGAUGCACUAGGCCAGGGAUGGGCAACUUUGUUGGGGUGGGGGUCACAACAGAGGUAUCAUGGCCAUAGGGAGUACAGGGGCAUGUGCCCUUUAAGAUGUGUCCUGUUAAAAACAUGAUUUAAAAUAAUACGUAUUUUUUUUCUGUAAUACUACUAGCCAAUUAGCAACUUCAUGAAGUUGGCUAUAGCUAGCCUAAUCUCAUAACUAGUUACGAAAAAGCCAUUUAAGGCUAUUAAUCAAGGUAGAGCAGCUGGCUUGUCUAUCUUAGCUGGAAAUGUCUGCUGGAAAAGUUGGUUGAUUUUAGAAAAGCAAGCAAUAACUAAGAGCUCUAUUCAAUCAGAUCCGCUUUAGCCAACAUCCGCAUAGCGGUUGUUUUGGCGGUGUUGGAACUGUCAUUAUACCUAAAGCGGACAUUGCCAUUGGCUACACAGAGUCGCAUUAAGUCGCAUGAAAUCCAGCAGCCAGCAAUCCCAUGCAGCCAUGUUUCCAAGUUCGAAAACUGGAAUGUGAGAUGUAAUCUACACCUUGAUUAGAUUUAUAUAAAUCCUCAUUUUCAAUUUGAGUGUCAUUUACGUCUAAUGCGAGUGGGGGCGGGUGAGCCUUCGUGACAAUGAUCACAAGCAGCUGUCUCCGAUUUAAUGACUCCAACGCAAUUACAACUCCAAAGCGUCCGCUAUUGACGGUUAAUGCUUGAUCUGAUUGAAUCUAGGCCUAAAUGUACUAAGAUUUAUUUUCAAUCCUUUACCCAGAUUUGAGCAGAGAUGCAGGGAAGAAUAUAUAUAUAUAUAGAUUUUUUUUUAAAUGUAAGAACCACCAGUCAGCAGGAUACAGACAGCUCAAGAGGUAUGCUUAGCUAUGCAGAAAAAAUAUAUACAUAUAUUGUUUUACAUAGAAUUAAGCAUAAUGUUUAUGGCUCUAGAUUGCAGGAAAAAGCUGUUUCAGGUGUCAACUUAGUCUUCACCUCCCAGCGAUCCCCACAUACUUUGUGCCCCCUCAGAUUUUGGGAGUGCAUGACUCCCCAGGGGUACAAGUUGUCCAUCCCUGCGUUAGGCUAAGACCUCCAAUGAUAAAGUGUGGUUAUAAUAUAAUAAUGUUUAACUCUGUAAUGAGAUGGCAUGCUGAAUUCCAUCAGGUUGGGUGGCACCUCAAUUAUUUGUUAAGGGCAGUAAUAGCCUAAUAAUAUAUCCUAGAAAUUAUUACAGAAUAUUAUUGACCAAGAUCAUAUGGCCUUAUACUCACACUUUUAUACUUCAGAAGUCCUUUAUAAGACAAGUGUAUGUACAGUGUAUAAUGGUUUAUGUAUACAGUACCCGGCAAAAAUUUGGACACAUCCUCAUUCAAAGGUUUUUCUUUAUUUUUUACUAUUUUCCACAUUGUAGAAUAAUAGUGAAGACAUCAACACUAUGAAAUAACAGAAAAGGAAUCAUGUAGAAACUAAACAAAGUUGCCUUGAUGACAGCUUUGCACACUCUUGGCAUUCUCCCAACCAGCUUCACCUGGAAUGCUUUUCCAACAGUCUUGAAGGAGUUCCCAAAUAUGCUGAGCACUUGUUGGCUGCUUUUCCUUCACUUUGCAGUCCAACUCAUCCCAACCCAUCUCAAUUGGGUUGAGGUCAGGUGAUUGUGGAGGCCAGGUCAUCUGAUGUAGCACUCCAUCACUCUCCUUCUUGGUCAAAUUGAUGCAGCCAAGAGGCCCAUGAUCACUCUGGAUGAACUGCAGAGAUCUACAGCUGAGGUGGGACACUCUGUCCAUAGGACAACAAUCAGUCGUAUAUUGCACAAAUCUGGCCUUUAUGGAAGAGGGGCAAGAAGAAAGCCAUUUCUUAAAGAUAUCCACAAAAAGUGUCAUUUAAAGUUUGCCACAAGCCACCUGGGAGACACACCAAACAUGUGGAAGAAGGUGCUCUGGUCAGAUGAAACCAAAAUUGAACUUUUUGGCAACAAUGCAAAACGUUAUGUUUGGCGUAAAAGCAACACAGCUCAUCACCCUGAACACACCAUCCCCACUGUCAAACAUGGUGGUGGCAGCAUCAUGGUUUGGGCCUGCUUUUCUUCAGCAGGGACAGGGAAGAUGGUUAAAAUUGAUGGGAAGAUGGAUGGAGCCAAAUACAGGACCAUUCUGGAACAAAACCUGAUUGAGUCUGCAAAAGACCUGAGACUGGGACGGAGAUUUGUCUUCCAACAAGACAAUGAUCCAAAAGAAUUUUGCACGCCCAAUUUUUCAGUUUUUGAUUUGUUAAAAAAGUUUGAAAUAUCCAAUAAAUGUCGUUCCACUUGAUGAUUGUGUCCCACUUGUUGUUGAUUCUUCACAAAAAAAUACAGUUUUAUAUCUUUAUGUUUGAAGCCUGAAAUGUGGCAAAAGGUUGCAAAGUUCAAGGGGGCCGAAUACUUUCGCAAGGCACUGUAUUUGGUCACCUACAAACAAGCAAGAUUUCUGGCUCUCACAGACCUGUAACUUCUUCUUUAAGAGGCUCCUCUGUCCUCCACUCGUUACCUCUAUUAAUGGCACCUGUUUGAACUUGUUAUCAGUAUAAAAGACACCUGUCCACAACCUCAAACAGUCACACUCCAAACUCCACUAUGGCCAAGACCAAAGAGCUAUCAAAGGACACCAGAAACAAAAAAAUUACAGGCCUCUCUCAUCUUUUUAAGUGGGAGAACUUGUACAAUUGGUGGCUGACUAAAUACUUUUUUGCCCCACUGUAAAUCUGGGUCUUCCUAGUUUCAUCAUAUCGCUUGAUGGUUUUUGCGAAAUUUCAAAGAUUUGAAAUUUCCCGCAUUGACUGACCUUCACGUCUUAAAGUAAUAAUGGACUAUAGUUUUUUUGUUUAUUUGAGCUGUUCUUGCCAUAAUAUGGACUUCGUCUUUUACCAAAUAGGGCUAUCUUCAGUAAACCACCCCUAACUUGUCGCAACACAACUUAUUGGCUCAAAUGCAUUAAGAAUGAUAGAAAUUCCCUAAAUUAACUUUUCACAAGGCACACGUGUUAAUUGAAAUGCAUUCCAGGUGACUACCUCAUGAAGCUGGUUGAGAGAAAAUAUAAAAUAUAUUUUAAUUUGUUUUUUGGGGGUUACUACAUGAUUCCAUAUGUGUUAUUUCAUAGUUUUGAUGUCUUCACUGUUAUUCUACAAUGUAGAAAAUAGUACAAAUAACCCUGGAAUGAGUAAGGGUGUCCAAACUUUUGACUGGUACUGUAGGUAUAUCGAUUUGUCAUUUAUGUUGUGAGUAGUAUAUUGUGCUUAGGGUUACUUACCCCUUUAGGUACCCCUUUUCCUUUCACUUACUAAGAAAAACAAACUCCACAAUCCUUAGUCUUUUCUUUAGAACGUGUUUUUCUCAUUACUCUAAAACAAAACAAUUAAAAUGAAAACUGAA